AUGAAAAGAUGCUUUACAAUACUGAAAAGGGUAAUAAUACCGUUUCUGAUUCUGACAGGGAUAUUUAACAGUUUAUUUCUUACCAUAUGGAGCAUGAGUAUAGGAAGGAAAGCUACGAGAAAAGGAUAUACAUACGUCACUCUCCAUAGUUGUCAAAAUGGUACUAGGAGUUGCGUGACAGAUAAAUCAAAAAAAGAAGCAUUGCAAUUUUACAAAAAUGUUACAACAAGACAUAAAAAAAGAAAAGAUUCCUUUCAGAAUAUUUAUUACAAUAAUAAAUACAAUUACAAAAAUAGGGAGGUUGGAAAAUUUUUCUUCAUAUUCAAAUGUGUAGAACAGAAGGGUACAAUGACUCAAAGUGAAGAUGUGUUGCAUACAGUUCUGGUGGAUGCUAAUAAAAGAAAGAUUAGGAAUGACGUUGCCACAAGUCGUAUCGGACGAAGGAUAUACACAUCUCGUUGUGUUGAAACGUUCUCAUUGAACCCACAAAAUGAAAAUAAUAAUUUAAAUCAUGAGAAUCCUUCGGAUGAAAACAAAUCAGUCAUCUCCAAUGAAAUAAGGGAAUGUACUAAAUCAGCUGAUCAACAGAGAAAUGAAGAAUAUACCAGGGAAUUCUUGACAGAUACAAAAUAUUACAAAAGGAGUAAAUAUUCCAAAGCUGGGUAUAUAAAAAGACGAACAAGCGAAAAUUUAUUGAACACAUGGGGGAAAAACGAUAAUUUUCUGCAGAAAAAUGUUUCAGAGGAUCAGCACUCCACUAUCCAGUACAUAGAAUCAGAAAAUGAUAUUUUAACAGAUAUUACAAAAAAAAGUGUAGAAAAUGAAAGUAAGAACCUUCCAAAUUUGUUCAUUAAAAAUUACUAUGCUGAUAGAACCCGAUCGAACAACCUCGAUUUAGUGUUAGAAAAGGAUAAAUUUGGCACCAGUACAAGGUUAAGUAAGAAAAACAAUUGCGAAUCAGAUGUAAGUGUUUCUAGGGAGGAAGGAAGGGAAAACCAAGAAAAUUCAAGUGCUGUAGCAUAUAAUAAUAAAAUAUCGUUUAUGAAUGAAUUUACUGUAAUAGGUGAAAUUGUAGGUGUACAUGGAUUACAUGGAUGGUUAAAAGUAAUAAGUUUCACAACAUUUAAUGAUAUUCGAUUUAAAAAUAACGCAUAUCGAUAUUUAUUUAUGAACACAUAUCCAUAUCCUUUACCAAUUAAAAUAGUAGAUGUGAAAGAAUCACUAAAAGUAGGUUUUCUUUAUUUAAAAAUUGAAGGAAUUAAUUCCAGAACAGAUGCAUUGAAAUUAAAAUCAUGUCUAAUUUGUGAUGAUAAAAAAAAAUUUCCAGGAAUAACGGAAAAUCAGUACAUAUCAACUGAUUUAUUAAACUUUCAUAUUUACAUUUUUAACGAUUUGAGUAAUACUUCUAUUGGGAAAGUACAUACCUUUGUAUCCAAACACGAUUAUAUAUGUAAGAAAUCAGUUCAAAACAUUGCUGAUGAUUUGAUUCAAAUUGAGAUAAAUAAAAACAUUUCUCUUCAAAAAGUCUUCCGUAUCAUAUCUGCUUCCCAAAUGAAUGCCAUGUGCAACCCAGGUGAGGAGACAUCUCCCUCCCAACAAUUCAACCCAAUAAGGGUCCUCAUCAACCGAAAAAAUUUUUCCUUUCACGGAGGGGAUAGCAAUGAGAGGGGCACCGAGAUGGGCAAAUUGGAACAUGAUGAGGAACGUGUGAAAGGUGACAAAAACUACUACGAUUCAAUUGACAAUUUUGAGGGUUGUUCAUACAAAAAAAUAUACAAGUGUGACUUUUGCGACGACGUGUAUGCUAACGUUCAGGAGGCAAGUGAACACGAAAAUUCCCAUUUCCGUACGGAUGAUGAGUUACUUUUUAACGCAUCACAGGAGAGUCUCCACAAAAAGAAACUGUAUGAAGUGGAUAAAAAUACAGCAUCCAAGUUGAAGCAAAUAGAUUACUUCUUCAUCCCAAUUGUUAAGGAAAAAACCAUAAGAUCUGUUAAUUAUGAACUUAAGCAAAUAUACCUAGACAUAUCAACCGUUUUUUUAUUGGAUGACCAAAAAAAGACCAAGGAUGAAAGUACAGAAUAA